GGGCAGGGCUUGCCCCAGCGCAGAGUAGUGGCAACGGCUUGUCGCGUCGGGAGCCCCGGGGACGUGAACUCGGCAGACCCACUCUCUCUCCCUCCCAGGAGGAGGUGCUGCCAAAUCCACGCGGGGCAGCGGGACCGCCCCGAGGGGCUUCCUCAGUGGAGGAGAGGUGGGGUUCCAGGGCACAGGUGACAGGGCCGGAGAAAGAUGGAGCAGCCCGGGGCGGCGGCGGCGUCGGGCGCCGGAGGCUGCGGCGAGGAACCCGGUGGGGGCCGAAGCAACAAGCGGAGCGCGGGGAACCGGGCCGCCAACGAAGAGGAAACGAAAAACAAACCUAAAUUGAACAUUCAAAUAAAAACUUUGGCAGAUGAUGUGCGUGACCGAAUUACAAGUUUUAGGAAAUCUACUGUCAAAAAAGAAAAACCUCUUAUCCAACAUCCUAUUGAUUCUCAAGUUGCGAUGAGUGAGUUUCCAGCGGCUCAGCCAUUAUAUGAUGAACGAUCUUUGAAUUUGUCCGAAAAGGAAGUACUGGAUCUCUUUGAAAAAAUGAUGGAGGACAUGAACCUUAAUGAAGAACGAAAAGCUCCUUUACGAAACAAAGAUUUUACCACCAAGCGUGAGAUGGUCGUCCAGUAUAUUUCUGCUACUGCCAAAUCUAUAGUUGGAAGUAAAGUUAUGGGAGGGCUGAAAAACAGCAAACAUGAAUGCACUCUGUCUUCACAAGAAUAUGUUCAUGAAUUACGAUCUGGUAUUUCAGAUGAGAAACUUCUUAAUUGCCUAGAAUCUCUGAGGGUUUCUUUAACCAGCAAUCCUGUCAGCUGGGUUAACAACUUUGGCCAUGAAGGUCUUGGACUCUUGUUGGAUGUGCUGGAAAAGCUUCUGGACAAGAAACAGCAAGAAAAUAUUGACAAGAAGAAUCAGUAUAAACUUAUUCAGUGCCUCAAAGCAUUUAUGAACAAUAAGUUUGGAUUGAAAAGGAUUCUAGGGGAUGAAAGAAGCCUUUUACUGUUGGCAAGAGCAGUUGACCCCAAACAACCCAACAUGAUGACUGAAAUAGUAAAAAUACUUUCUGCUAUUUGUAUCGUUGGAGAAGAGAACAUUCUAGAUAAACUUUUAGGAGCUAUAACUACAGCAGCAGAACGAAAUAACAGAGAACGAUUUUCACCAAUUGUGGAAGGAUUAGAAAACCAUGAAGCUUUGCAAUUACAGGUGGCCUGCAUGCAGUUUAUAAAUGCCCUUGUCACAUCUCCUUAUGAGCUUGAUUUUCGAAUACAUUUAAGGAAUGAAUUCCUUCGUUCAGGACUAAAAACAAUGUUACCAGAUCUGAAAGAAAAAGAGAACGACGAGCUUGAUAUUCAGUUGAAAGUAUUUGAUGAGAACAAAGAGGACGACCUAACUGAAUUAUCACACCGUCUCAAUGACAUUCGAGCAGAAAUGGAUGAUAUGAAUGAAGUGUACCAUCUUCUGUAUAAUAUGUUGAAGGACACUGCUGCUGAAAAUUACUUAUUAUCCAUUCUACAACAUUUUUUGCUCAUCAGAAAUGAUUAUUAUAUCAGGCCACAGUAUUACAAAAUAGUUGAGGAGUGUGUUUCACAGAUAGUGCUGCACUGCAGUGGUAUGGACCCAGAUUUCAAGUACAGACAAAGAUUAGACAUUGAUUUCACUCAUCUGAUAGAUUCUUGUGUGAACAAGGCAAAAGUUGAAGAAAGUGAACAAAAAGCAGCAGAAUUUUCAAAGAAGUUCGAUGAAGAAUUCACAGCUCGACAGGAAGCUCAAGCUGAGCUUCAAAAAAGAGAAGAAAAAAUCAAAGAGCUUGAAACAGAAAUCCAGCAACUUCGAACCCAGGGACAUGGACUCUCAGGUUCAUCAGGAAUUCCAGGCCCUCCUCUACCUCCUCCAUUGCCAGGUGCUGGGCCACCCCCGCCCCCACCUCCACCAGCGCCACCUCUACCCAGAGGAGGUCCCCCUCCUCCUCCACCUCCUUUACCUGGGGUACAUGGAAUAGCAUCACCACUGCCUUUGUUUGGGGGACCUCCUCCACCACCUCCCCUUGGAGGAGUUCCUCCUCCUCCGGGAGCACUUGAUCUGCCAUAUGGAAUGAAGCACAAAAAAAUAUAUAAACCUGAGGUGUCCAUGAAGAGGAUCAAUUGGUCAAAGAUUGAACCCAAAGAAUUGUCUGAGAACUGUUUCUGGUUGAAAGUUAAGGAGGAGAAGUUUGAAAAUCCAGAUCUCUUUGCAAAAUUGGCACUGAAUUUCGCUACCCAGAUAAAAGUUCAAAAGAAUGCAGAAGCUUUUGAAGAAAAGAAGACCCUGCCUACAAAGAAGAAAGUGAAAGAGUUGAGAAUUUUGGAUCCCAAAACAGCCCAGAAUCUUUCUAUCUUCCUAGGAUCAUAUCGUAUGCCAUAUGAAGAUAUAAAAAACGUCAUUCUGGAGGUUAAUGAAGACAUGUUGAGUGAGGCCUUAAUUCAGAACCUUAUAAAACAUCUUCCUGAGCAGAAGGUACUCAGUGAAUUAGCACAGCUGAAGAAUGAAUAUGAUGACCUUUGUGAGCCUGAACAGUUUGGAGUUGUGAUGAGCUCAGUGAAAAUGUUGCGUCCUCGUCUCAAUAGCAUUCUUUUCAAGCUCACAUUUGAGGAACACGUAAACAACAUCAAACCAAGCAUCAUAGCAGUAACUCUGGCCUGUGAAGAACUGAAGAAAAGUGAAAGCUUUAACAGACUUUUAGAGUUAGUUCUUUUGGUUGGAAACUACAUGAACUCGGGCUCAAGAAAUGCCCAGUCUUUGGGUUUUAAGAUCAACUUUCUCUGUAAGAUCCGAGAUACUAAAUCAGCAGAUCAAAAGACAACCCUCUUGCAUUUUAUUGCUGAAAUUUGUGAGGAAAAAUACCGGGAUAUCCUGAAAUUUCCUGAAGAACUGGAACAUGUGGAAAGUGCAAGCAAAGUUUCAGCUCAAAUUCUCAAGAGCAACCUUGCAGCAAUGGAACAACAAAUUGUUCAUCUGGAACGUGACAUCAAGCUAUUUCCCAAAACAGAAAAUCAACGUGAUAAGUUUGUGGAAAAGCUGACGAGCUUUACAAAGAGUGCCAGAGAACAGUAUGAAAAACUACUCACCAUGCACAACAACAUGAUAAAGCUCUAUGAGAAUCUUGGAGAAUACUUUAUUUUUGACUCUAAGACAGUGAGCAUAGAAGAAUUUUUCGGUGAUCUCAGCAACUUCCAAACUUUGUUCCUGGAAGCAGUGAAAGAAAACAACAAGAGAAAAGAAAUGGAAGAGAAGACUAGGAGGGCAAAGCUUGCAAAAGAGAAAGCUGAACAAGAAAAGUUAGAACGCCAGAAGAAAAAGAAACAACUCAUUGAUAUAAACAAAGAGGGUGAUGAGACAGGCGUGAUGGAUAAUCUUCUAGAAGCCCUGCAAUCAGGUGCAGCAUUCCGAGACCGCAGAAAGCGGAUUCCAAGGAAUCCAGCUCUCCCCGCAUCCUCCCCUUUAAUGAUAAAGGCAGUGACACAAGAAGUCUCUGGAAAAAGGAAAUUCCCCAAAUGAGGAAAAAAAGCCCUG